AUGUCCCAGCAAAAUCCCUCUACUCCCAUCUACCCCCUCGGCGUCUUCCCCGAAAAAACUCAGGAGUUCUUUGUACAAGCAACCAAGGCCUCUGAUUUGGAGGUUGAACAGGCUAUGGUCAAAGACGCACAAACUCCGGUCUAUCCUCCUCGUCUUGCCAGCCUCUUCGGUAAGAUGAAAAACAAAGACAUGCAAAAAUACGCCGAGUGGUGGGCCAAGAUGCAAGACAAGGACAAAAACGGCCCGCCGGUGCCCGCAUCCACCGUUGAAAAAGCUGCUGAGCAGAUUCACACUGCUACUGACGCUAUCAUAUACUCUUGGGAUACGGAUCUUGCGCCUGAUUGGACGAAGAAGGAAGUAGAGGCGCGACCUUUGAGCGGCAUUAGUGAGUGUGAUGGUAGUGGAGAUCAAAAGGUGGACUGA